CUUCACUGUGUAGCUGUCUCUUCUUAGCUGCUGAUCUCAAGGAAGAUAUACUAUUUAUAUCAAAGUCAAAUCCACCACCUCCUCCCCCAAACCCGCCAAAACUGAAAAGAUGUCUGCACCCGUCGCCUUGACCUACUUCCCUAAGGCACAAUCGACCUUCAAGCCACCACUCAUCGCCAACGAGAACGCUUUCCUUGGCGACGUUGCGAGCAGCGAGAAGAUCGACCCGGAAAAGCCCAUCUCGUGCGGCUUCUACCGCCUCGAGAAGGGCACCCCCCUCGUCUACACCUACACAUACCACGAGAUGAAGAUCAUUGUCGAGGGCUCGUUCGAUAUCUCGGACGAGGCGGGCAAUAAGGUGCACGCUGUUCCGGGGGAUGUGUUUUACUUCCCCAAGGACGCUAAAAUCACUUUUACCACGGAGGAUUAUGGACUGGCGUUCUACACUGGCCAGCGUAAGGAGGGUGCUGCAUAGAGGUAGAAUAUGAGAUGUUGUUUGGCGCAGGAUUAUUGAAUUGGGU